ACUCGAAAGUUGUCUUACAAAAGCAUCAUAUCUGGAGUCCUUUUGAUGCAGCGCUCAUGGGCAAACCUGAGAAGAAGAGAACAUGCUCUUCUUCUACUUCAUAUGUUCUUCGCUGUUUCGGGGUUUCUCGGAAAAUUUACUCAGACAAACGAACUGUAGACGCAGGCCAAGAGAAGAAAAAGAAGACGAGAACUCGUAGUUGGUUUCGUUUGAAGGAAGACGAGAUCACACUGACGCCAAUAUGCGAGAGGUCGGAGAAACAAAACUCGAUUGUUAAAGACGAUAAGCAAAAUCUGUUCCGUGUGAUACGUCAUGUUACUGAUCGGAAGUAUAUUGCGACUAGUGGUUAUAAGGAAAUUGAUCACGAGAGUAACGAGAAAGACACGAACGAACGAAGAGACAUAAACCCUGAUCCGUUGAGUGUCUCUGGUUACCACAUGAGUCAUGAACAAGUCUAUGGCGGGAAACUCGACUCGUUUAAAACCGUUGGGCCAAGGUCGAAGCCGAGAGUACUAAGGGAGAAGUCGUCACGGGUCAGGAAAGAAUCAAGGGUGGGUAAUUUCGACCCGAUAAUUGGGAUAUCAAUCAUAAUGCUAACGUUAAUGAUAAUGUUGAUGUGGGGACGUGUGUGUGCGAUUCUUUGUACAUCCACUUGGUGUUAUUUUCUCCCUCGUAUCAGAGAAGCUGCGACUGCGGUUGGUGUGGCCAAACGCAAACGCAGUGGUAGCGGUAAAGCUGAAAGCAGAUUGUUUCCAGGUGACGUGGAUUUGAGUUCUGAGGCUCACAAGAAAAAGGUCGUUUUGGAAGGAUUUCUUGUUCGGCAACACCGUGUUUCGCUCUAAAGACUGUUUCAAGUUUUUGAAUGUUUUUCUUUUCGUUCUCAAAUUUUAUGUGUGUAGUAGUGUCUUCUUUAUAUGUUUGGUCGUAUCACACGAUUGUCAUUGUUCGUUCGUUCGUUCAUGCGUGCACAUGUAUACAGGAA